ACCACACAUGCAGCCCCGGGCUUAGGAGAGUGGGGUGAAGGGCCCCUCGUUCGGCCAUGCCCCCUCCUCCGUCUUUCCUCCGCACCGCCAUCCGAGCAGCCUUCUUCUCCACCAUUCGGCGCACAAUGGCAGACUCGAAAACGGCGAAAGAAGCCGCAAAGGAAGCCGCGAAGGCCGCGAAGGCCGCCAAAUUCGCUGCCAAACAGGCAGCCCAGAAGCUCCAAAAUGCUGCUUCUGGCAAAUCUGCUGCCCCCUCCAAGAAGGAUACAGCCGCCAAAUCCCAACUUCCCGCUUUCGUAGAAGAUACACCCCCGGGCCAGAAAAAACCUCUGCGUUCCUUCGACGAGCCUCAUUUCACGGCAUACACUCCGGCGGCUGUCGAGGCAGGCUGGUACGCCUGGUGGGAGCAAAGCGGCUUCUUCAAACCCCAGUUCACUGAAGACGGGUCCGUGAAACCCAAAGGCAAAUUCGUCGUUGCGCUUCCGCCGCCCAACGUCACCGGCGCCCUCCACUGCGGUCAUGCUCUGGCAAACUCGUUGCAGGACAUCUUGGUAAGGUGGCAUCGAAUGCAAGGAUACACAACCGCUUGGGUUCCCGGAUGCGACCACGCCGGUAUUGCUACACAGUCGGUCGUUGAGAAGGCGCUGUGGAAGCGGGAACAAAAGACCCGUCAUGAUCUCGGCCGUGAGAAGUUCGUCGAGACCGUGUUGGCGUGGAAGGAGGACUAUCAUAAGCGCAUCAACAACGCGCAGAGGAAGAUGGGCGGCUCCAUGGACUGGUCGCGCGAAGCCUUUACCAUGGAUCCCAACCGGUCUCGCGCCACCAUCGAAGCCUUCGUGCGUCUGCAUGAGGACGGCGUCAUAUACCGGUCCUCAAGACUCGUGAAUUGGUGCACUGCCUUGAACACAGCUCUGAGUACCAUCGAGGUUAAGAACAAGGAGAUCCCUGGCAGAACCCUUCUCUCCGUUCCCGGGUACGACAAGAAGGUCGAGUUCGGCACAAUGACCUACUUCAAAUAUCCAAUCGAAGGAUCGGACGAGACGAUUGAGGUAGCUACAACCCGGCCGGAAACUAUGCUCGGCGACACGGGUAUUGCUGUCCAUCCGCAAGACACCCGUUACCAGCAUCUUGUUGGGAAAGAGGCUCGUCAUCCCUUCAUCAAGGACAGGCUCCUGAGAAUCGUAGCGGACGAGUACGUGGAUCCCGAGCUCGGAACUGGUGCCGUCAAGCUCACCCCCGCGCACGAUCCCAACGAUUACAAGCUGGGCCAGACUCAUAACCUCGAGUUCAUCAACAUAUUCAAUGAUGACGGCACCCUCAACGAGAAUGCUGGCUCUUUUGUCGGUAUGAAGAGAUUCGACGCGCGAUACGCCGUGGUAAAGCAACUGGAAGAGAUCGGCCUGUUUGUCAAGAAAGAGUCUCAUGCCAUGACAAUACCGCUUUGCGAAAGGUCAAAUGACGUUAUUGAGCCGUUGAUCAAACCCCAGUGGUGGAUGAGGAUGAGGGAAUCUGCUGAUGCUGCUCUGGAAGCCGUCCGAGAUGGACGGAUUACCAUUGCCCCUGAGCCCGUUCGAAGAAUGUACGACCGCUGGUUGGAAAACAUUAGCGACUGGUGUCUCUCACGUCAGCUAUGGUGGGGGCAUCGCAUUCCUGCGUAUGCCGUGAUUUUCGAGGAUGAACAACCGGCGCAAAACGAUGAGGAACCUUGGGUCGUAGCGAGGUCGCCUCAAGAAGCAGAGGAGAAGGCACAGAAACUCUAUCCCGGACGCAAAUUCCGAUUGGAACAAGAUUCUGAUUGUCUUGACACGUGGUUCAGCAGCGGGAUUUGGCCCAUGUCUAUCCUCGGCUGGCCGAACACAGAAGUCCCCGAUUUCAAAAAGCUCUUCCCUACCAGCCUGCUCGAGACCGGAUGGGAUAUCAUUUUCUUCUGGGUUGCCAGGAUGAUCAUGAUGUCUCUCAAGUUGACGGGACAGGUGCCCUUCACUGAGGUGUACUGCCACAGUCUGGUUCGGGAUUCCGAGGGUAGGAAGAUGAGCAAGUCUCUGGGAAACGUCAUCGAUCCUCUUGAUAUCAUCUAUGGCAAGGAUCUGGAGGGGCUUCAUGCAACUUUGCUCACGGGUAAUCUCGCACCCGACGAAGUGGAGAAGGCAAAGAAGUACCAGAAGACCGCUUUUCCCAAGGGCAUCCCGGAAUGCGGAGCCGAUGCGAUGCGUUUCACACUCGCAUCGUACACAACGGGUGGCGGGGACAUUAACUUUGACAUCCAGGUCAUGCACGCCUACCGCCGGUUCUGUAACAAAAUCUGGCAAGCCAGCAAGUACGUCCUCGGCCGGCUGCCGAAGGACUUUGUCCCACAGACUAAAGCGGAUCUGUCCAACGCCACACUUUCCGAAAAGUGGAUUCUCCAUCGACUGAAUGCUGCUGUCACUGGCGUGAAUCAGGCUCUGAAAGAUAGGGAGUUCUCCCGCAGCACUCAGUUUGCCUACCAGUUCUUUUAUGAUGAGCUCUGCGACGUUUUCAUCGAGAACAGCAAGGCGCUGCUGGCAGGUGCUCCUGGGGAGCAACCCGGAGUCCUCAACACCCUGUACAUCUGUCUGGAUGUUUCUCUUCGAUUAAUGCACCCCUUCAUGCCUUUCAUCACCGAAGAGCUUUGGCAGCGGCUGCCACGGGGCGCCGAGCACGCCGACGUGCCCUCGAUCAUGCUUGCUGCUUAUCCCGAGGCGAAUCCCGAGUUUGACUUCCCAGAAGCGGCUAAGGAGUAUGAGAUUGUUCUGGGAUGCGCAAAAGCCGCCCGCUCCCUUGCCGCUGAAUAUCAGUUCACCGAGGGUGCCCAAAUCCAGAUCCAGGCGACCACUCCUGAGGCACACAAGAUUGUGGAGGCGCAGGCCGUGUCGAUCCGGGCUUUAUCUGGAAAGGCCGUGGGUCAGCUGGAGAUUCUUCCGCUGGACUCUGCUGCACCGGGCCUGAAGGCAAUCUUUACCGUUUCGCCAGAGCUCAAUGUCUUGCUCGAUGUCGCAGGCAAGACGGCGGAUAUGGAUGCGGAGAUUGAGAAGCUGCGGAACAAGCUGAAGAAAGCUCAGAUUAGCGUGGCAAAGCAGAACGAUGUACUUGGUCAGCCUGGCUUCGCGGAGAAGGUCAGUGAGACGGUCAAGGCCGAGGAGUCGAAGAAGUUGGAGGAGGCGGAGUCUAAGGUGCGCAAUUAUGAAAGGACAAUCGAGCGCUUCCUGAGCGCGAAAUGAGGAGCGAUUUCCGCUGUGAGCCAUUGCUGGAAGGCAAUUCUUGUAGCGGACGGAUGGUUUGAUGCAAACGUCCCCGAUUUUUGUAGCGACGUUACGUUGAGCAAAGGAUUAUAGAGAGAUUAUCGGUUGUAGGGUAUAGAAGCCAAUGCGCUUGGCAUGAUAGGUGUGGAAUAAGAUCACAAUCGAGAUUUCAC